CAGCACUGUGUGCGGAAGACAACCGCCAUUUCCGGAAAUUACAAGUCAGCUGCUAGGAAGCUGACGAUUGUUGCUGUUUAGUUAGCUUGAUGGCUAAUCUCGUCAGUUGUUAGGGUUUGCUUCACACUGCUGGAGCUGUUCGUGGAAACAUUUGGACCUGUGUUGUUAACGAGCUGCACUCCUGUAAACAUGAAGUGGGUGUUUUUUAUCGAGGCUCUCUUCCUGGCUUGUUUUGUGCUGCUGAGCCAAGUGACAGCGAAGAAUUCAGAGGACAUCCGCUGUAAAUGCAUCUGUCCGCCGUACCGAGAAGUUGAGGGUCAAAUCUACAAACAAAAUGUCUCUCUUAAGGACUGCAACUGUCUCCACGUGGUUGAUCCCAUGCCAGUGGACGGGAAAGAUGUGGAGGCGUACUGUUUACGCUGUGAGUGUAAAUAUGAAGAGAGGAGCUCGGGGACCAUUAAGUUUACCAUCAUAAUGUACCUGUCCAUUUUGGGCCUGCUGCUGCUCUACAUGGUCUACCUGACUCUCCUGGAGCCCAUGUUGAAGAGGCGCCUGUUUGGGCACUCGCAGCUUAUACAGAGCGACGAUGACGUUGGGGACCAGCAGCCGUUCGCCAACGCUCACAACGUCCUGUCCCGGUCACACUCUCGAUCCAACGUCCUGAACAAAGUGGAGCAUGCCCAGCAGCGCUGGAGAAGGCAGGUCCAGGAACAGAGGAAAUCUGUGUUUGACCGUCAUGUUGUUCUCAGUUAAAAACCGUGUUUAAGUAAAUGGUGGAGCAAAAAAACAACAACAGAAAAACACUGUGACAGACCCCCUCCAAUUAUAUCGCUUCGUUUCUCUCAUUUCUGAAUCAAAUCUAAACGCGUGUGGCGCAUCAGAGGUGGACAUAGGUAAGAAAUCAUUCCCGGCAGAUUUAAAGCUCCUUGCUGUGGUUUAGUCUGCAGGCAACACACGAGGUUACACUGAAUUCAUUUCUUGCACAGUUUAAAUACACAGACGUAAAACACAAUUUAUUCUUUGACUAACGAAUCUGAACUAAGAGUCCUCUUAGUCCAAAGAAGUCUGAUUACACUUGAUUUCUGAACAAAACAUCCAGACGUUGGUCAUAACUGGCUGUUACCUUGUUGGCAUUUAGCGGGGUCGAUAGUUUCCACCCUAAAACAAACACGAUCACUGCUCUCACCAUGGGAGGAAAAAGGAAAAAAAAAAGUCAUGUAAAAUACUCCUGCUUUGAAAAUGCAUGUUUUAUAAAUAAAUCUUUUCUAAAUGUGUUUACGAUCCUUCCUUCCUACCAUGAUUAUUAAUGUCUCAUAACUGGUGUGAAAUUAAUCAUUUUAAUGAACUGAAUUAAAUUUGGUAACUGAACAAGUAGUUUCCCUGAACCUCGUUGCAGAAAUCAAUGUGAUUUCCUCUCGAUGUCAUAAUGAACUUACAGUAGCUGUGCUAUUGGUUAUCGGCUGUUAGUGGCCCUUUAAAAUCUGUGCCCUCUCCAACUGCCUAAAUGUAAUGUCACGUCUUUUGGUUUAGCAAUUUUUUUUUAUUUUUUAUUUUUAAACACUUGGUCAAACGUCACGUCCACAGUCAGUGUCCUUGUUGUCUAACAGGCAGGGUUUCUGUGACAGAAUUUAUUUUGUGUAUAGUUUGGGUGUAUACAUGGGCAGAGUGGAUGAACUGCCAUCGCUGGGAGACAUUUGAAAGUGUUCUUAACUAUUGUAUAUGUGGUACCUUUAACUUUGAAAUAAAGUUCUGUAAUAUUUGUGA